UUUUUUUCUUAUAUCAUCAUUGCUUCACCCAGUCAACUUCUAUUUCCUUAGCCUUUAUUAUAUAACCAACUUGAACCUAUACAGCCAUCAAUUUACAAGAUUGGUUUUGACAUCAUUAUCGCAGUAAUAGAAGCAGAAGCAACCAUCAUUUUACCCCCAACAGCUUGCAAAAAAAUUCAAAAAAAUCCUUUUAAAAAAAAAAAGACAAAUGGGAAUAGUAACCUUUCCAAGUCAUCAACCCAAGUGGGAAGCAACCACGGUGAAGAACCGGCCUUCCAGCAGAUCAUUCUCGACACUUUCAACAGCAUCUUCAAGGUUUGUAAGAGAAGGAAUGAUGAACUCUAUUGAGGAACCAAUGAAAUCAGUGAAAGAUGAACAUACAGAAGACGAAGAAGAGGAAAGCCAUUCAUACCAACCCAAAAGAUUUAGUAUAUUUGGCAAAAAGGCCAAGAUUGAUGAGAUCAAUAAGCGAGCUUCAUUGAUUGAACAGCAAGCAGAGCUAGCCGUUAAAAAUGUCAACAACGUAGAAAACAAUGACUGUCAUCUAGCAACAGUGCCUAAGAAGAAAUUUGAAUUACAUCUAUCAACUUUAUCUACUGCUAAUAAUAGAUUUCGUACUGAUAUUGGGAAAGAACAUCAACAACACCAAGAAACAUCAAGCCUGAGGCGGGAGGGCAGAACAAAGAAACGAGUCAAAUUCAACCCUAUAUUUCUGGAAAAGGUCUGUUUGUUCCAUGAAAGUCAGUCGCCUUGUGAGUUAAAAGAAGCCCAUGACAAUAAACGAUUGAAGCAACCUUCUUUCCGACUUUUAUGCCCUCGUUGGCCCUCUUUUACAGCCAGUGCUCAAUUACGAAAGAAUGCCAUUUUGGACAAGAAGCUCUUUCACGUUACAGCAGAUAACACAGCUAUCACGGGAAAAUUGAUGGUACGUAAUCUAGCACUUGAUAAAUCUGUCAUGAUACGGUAUACACUAGAUCAUUGGCAUACAUCGAAUCACGAAGUGGAUGCACAAUUCUUUGGUCCUUAUCCUAAAAAUGUGGAGUAUGACAUCUAUGAAGUCUCUAUAAAUUUGUUCCCUUUCGGUUAUCAUCCACACCAUGACAGCAAUAGUAAGGACGAUACUGAGAUUGUGGAAGAUCAAAUGUUUAUCAAAGACCGUGGUGAAGUACGGGGUAAAGUUGAAUUUUCUGUCAGAUUAACAGCUGGUAAUACAGAUUUUUGGGAUGAUAAUGAUGGCCAAUAUUAUCAAAUCAAGGUCAUUUGUGAUCCAUUAAAUGAUCCUUGGAAGAAUUAUUACAAGAAUAAUGACGGUGACACAGCGGCAACAUCGAUAACAUCAGUUGAACAAAAAAAGGCAAACGAGAAGAUGGUUGAAUCAGAAGAACAACAACAACAACAACAACAGCAACAGCAGCAGCAGCAGCAUCAGCAGGAUGUAACACUGGAUGCUCAUGAAAAUGCAGUUAUUGCAAGAGUUGACGACGAAGAAGAAAUAGAAACGGACAAUGAGAGUAUUGAAGAUGAAGUAGAAGCAGAAUUGAUCGAGGAAGGUCAACAAAAGAAGCAUAGUCAAUUUAAAAAUGCUUUGAAAGAAUAUAAACGUGCCAGACCUCUGCAUUUGAGAAAGCCUCAGCCUUGGUUAGGUACAAGAUAUGAUUUUGCACAUUCUUUAUCAGAAGCCAAAAAGAGGAGACCUUCUGUUACAAAUGCCAGCAGCGAUCACAAAUCUCAGUUUGAUAUAUCACCUGAAGUUACAAAUCCACCUUUAUUCAACCAAGUUUACUUUUCUCUCUCUCAUACCAAAACCAGUGAAGAAGAUAAAAAUGAUCAAACACUCGCUUCACCGCCCUCAUCGCCUACAGUGGAAGCCGCUAAUACAACAGGCGGAAGAAGACGUUUUACACGUACAUUCACCACCCUUAAAAAGGUAGCAACGAACGACAAUAGUAACGAUACCAAAAAGUCUAUAUCCAGCAGCAGCAACGGCAGGUCAAUCAAUGAUGCUGUAGAGUAUCACUCACCGCCCCUCACAUAUAUUGAAAGCAGUACAUCUUUAUCAGAUGUUGACAAUGAUAACGAAGACAAUGAAUUACCAUCUUCAUCCCCACCCCUAUUUUCUAGAGGUGUUUACUAUCUUGCUAACAGCAAUGGUACAGGCGAUAAUGCACCUUCACCAUCAUCUGCACAUAGUACUACGACGCUACCACUCAGCCCCAAGCCUUCACCUAAACUACGCAAUUUAGAUUUACAAGUGCUCCCGUCAAGUCCUGCUACCGAUGACGAAGAACACUCGCUGGGACGACAGAAAAGCGGCUUAUUGGACCCCAAUUCUACUCAUUAUUUGAACUUGCUGGACAAAUAUUGCUUUUAUACAUCUGAAAGUAGUAGUGGGAAUAGUAGUAGUAGUAGCAGCAGCAGCAGCGUAGAUGACUGUAAAAGCGGUGCUAAUCAAAGCAGCGCUUUACAGAUAUUGGUGGAUGGCGAACAGCAGGAUCUGUCAUAAUUUAGACAUCGCUUUAUCCCCUUAUACCCCCUUAUAACCGUAGUAUACUUUUCUUAUUCCACUCUUUUUCUUAUUAAUUUUCCUUUUUGCGCAAGUAAACUUCUUUUGAUUAAUGGUUUCAAGUUAUCUCAAUUUUAGCUCCUCAAAAUAAUCGUAUUUUUAUCGGCGCUUUACAUUACAUAAACACAACAGUUGUAUCCCCCAUGAUAUUAGGGUGAAACAGCUGUUUGAACGGAAGUCUCCUCCCGUUGCGUCUUGGGUUUGUGCAUGAUUUCACCGUACUGCAUAAAAAGCAAACAAUGAG